UGGCACGUGCGACAAAUACGAUCAGUCCGCGCGUUCAUUUGAUACUGUUGAUUUGUUGAGGUAGUCGGCACCACCAAAAUCAAGUGGCAACGCGCAAGAAACCGCUGAUCAAUCGCGAUUUGGACGCCGCUAGGCCAGAAAGAGGAAAAGAAAUACAGCCACGGCUCCGGCUAGACCGCAGUCGACGAGAUACCUUGAAACGGUGCGGAUCGCUGAGAAGUUUAUUCUUCCCUUCCUUUCAAAGCCGGUUUUUUAGUCACUGCAGCGCAAAGAUGAAGCAAUACUUGGCCUCGGCAUUACUCUUGGUGGCACUCAGUGCCAACAUCGGACAACUGCAGGCUGCGGUGACCGUCGAUGUUUACUACGCCCACCUUUGCCCCGACAGUGUUCGAUUUGUCCAAAAUCAGCUGUUGACAUUGAGCCCUCAACUACUUAACAGCAUCACCCUUGACUUCAUUCCAUUCGGCAAGGCCCAGAGCGUCAACAAUGGUCAGAGCUUCAUUUGUCAGCACGGACCGGCGGAAUGUGAGGGAAACCGGGUGCAGUCGUGCAUUCUCAGCCUGCUGCCGAGUCAACAGGCUCAGGUCAACUACGUUGGAUGCCAGAUGAGCUUCGAUGCCGACCCACGUGGAUGGGAAUGUGCCUUCCGAUCUGGAGUCAACCUAAACGCCGCCGAAGCAUGCGUAGAAGGAACCCAAGGAACGCAGUUGCAACUGGAAGCCGAAAGACGCACGCAGCUGAUUGCUCCUGCCUUUAUCCCGACCAUCGUUUUCAACGGACAAUUUGACCAGGCCCUGCAGGAUCGUUCUCUGGUUGACUUGGCAGGAAUCAUUCAGGAGCUGUUGGUGUAGGAUACUGCACCGUUGUGAUUAUCGAAGUUAAGGGAAGAUUACCAUUAGUGGGAUGCAUGCCCGCUUUCCUCCUUUUUGGACGCUUGUUUGACUGUGAAAACUGUACCAAUUGACGAUGUAGCAACAAUAAAAACUGUUGAAUAAUA